GACUUUGAAACAUGAAACUACUCAGCAUGAACCAUUUUACUUAAUGUAUGGAAGGAAUGCUACUUUGCCUAUUGAAUUAUCAAUCCCAAUAUACCCAACUGAACCUUUGGAUGAAUUUGAAUUACAGGAAUAUUUAUUGUGA